CUUCAGUUGGUGUUAAAUCGUUGUGGCGAAAUGUCGUUGAACAAGCAAAAUGUCCGAACAUUAAUUGGACUCGUUGUGAUGGGCUUGAGUCUGUCCACCUGUUUGUUAUCAAAUCGCUCUCAGUCAGUUUUUCUUGGAUUAUCACGAGCACUACAAGUUUUUGCAACUAUAAUUAUGAUUUUCGGAAUUCGAAAGGCUUAUUCGGAUCAUAAGCCAAAGAUACUGCUCUUUUGGCUGGUUAUUUCAUCUUUUUUCUGUACCGCGCUAAUUUACAUCACUAUUGAUUAUUUAGCCUAUAAUGGUUUCAGAUAUUAUAGAUUUGAGUUGUACUGGGCUACUGUAGCACCUUCUCUAGCUGUUGCUGCUGUGCUAUACUUGAUGAACAUCAUAUAUAAAGAGUACGUGGAGCUCACUCAUGGAACUCCACAGUUUGAAGAAGUGAAACUAAAACCUCCGCCCUAUGAAUCCGAUUUACAUAAAUUUCUUGUGUCAUUAAAUGAAUAAAUUUCAUAUUUUGUUGAUUUGUUACAUACAUCUGGAAUGUAUAAGCUACUUGCAUUACCAAAACAUUAAAAUCUUGAAAUAAAUUAUUUAA